ACUGCUUAAAGAUACAGUUAAUCAACAAAUAUCAUUGAGGGUUUUUAUUACGCGUGAAGUUUACUUCGUUGUUAAAGAACAACGACUUGUUUUAAUAUUGUACCUAUUACAUUCUAAGGACAAUGUCUUAUCAAUUGUACCGAAAUACAACGUUAGGUAAUACGUUACAAGAGAGUCUUGAUGAAUUAAUUCAGUAUGGACAAAUCACACCACAAUUAGCGCUUAAGGUAUUAUUGCAAUUUGACAAGGCAAUUAAUCAAGCACUUGCAACUAGAGUAAAAUCAAGACUUACAUUUAAGGCUGGUAAAUUAAAUACAUAUAGAUUUUGUGAUAAUGUAUGGACAUUUAUGUUGAAUGAUGUUGAAUUUCGUGAAGUUCAAGAAGUUGCAAUUGUAGAUAAAGUAAAAAUUGUUGCCUGUGAUGGAAAAACAUUGGAUGCAGAUGCAACAACAAAGCGAUAACAUCACUUUCUUAUACAAGUGAAUAUACAGCUAUUAUUAUAUCACAAGUG